ACAAAGCCCUGCAGAGAACAGCCAGAUGUUCACGGGCUGAUCUCGUGGCUUCUAUUGACGCUAGGAUUAAAACUCCUAGGCUGGGAACGGCGGAACGAUUCUAUAUUAAAAAUUAUUCGAGCAAAACCCUGAUGGUGUUAGAAGGCUGCGCAGAACCUCAGUUGGGAUGCUGCAUCCUCCUUAGAGGAGCGUCCUUACAAGAACUGAUUAGGGUUAAAAAAGUAGUCAAAUUCAUGGUACUAGCAUGCUACAACUGGAAACUAGAGAAAGCAUUCCUAGGUGAUAUAGAAGCUGUAUUACCCGAACCGGGUAUGACUUUUGAUGACGAUGAAGAAGAAAUUGCAAAAGAUAACAAAGAAGGAUCAUUUUCAAUGAAUAAUGACGCUGGACCUAAUGAAAAGGAUACGAGUGUCGGUGAAUCGGACAUAAUUAAUGAUGAAGAAAAAGAUAAUAGUGACAAUAGCGAAGUGUUUAAGGAUGCUGUGUUGAGUGCCAAUGAUGCAAAGAGUAAUGAUUCGAAAGAUAAUGAUGCAAAGUGUAAUGAUUUGAAAGAUAACGAUAAGAAGGAGCCAGAUGAUCCGUUGCAGAGGACGAAGUUUGUUCGCAAAGCGGAUAGUGAGAAAAACUUUAGCUGUGGGGUUCCGAUAAGGGAUUUUAGUGAUCCGCUAAGAGCAACCCUGUCGGUGGACGAUGAUGUGUUCUUGCCGAAAGAAGAAGCUAAACUGCAGGCUGACACGCACAGCGACCGCUGGUCGACAGACGACGUAGUGUUGUCCAUGUCUCCGCACACUGUAAUCCCCGCGCCGUACCUCGAGACGGAGGCGGGGCGUCGCUGCCCGCUGCGGCGCUACUUCCCGCAGCCGCUGCUACCGCACGCCCCGCACACGCCCCGCGCGCUGCACCGCAAGAUGAGCCGCCAGCAGGACAGCGGGCCCACGCUGAAGAGACAGAGGCGGGGCGUUCUGCGGCGCUACUCCCCGCACACGCCCCGCGCGCUGCACCGCAAGAUGAGCCGCCAACAAGACAGCGGGCCCGCGCUGAAG